ACGUGAUCCCCUCCCGCUUCCCCGGCGGAGCCACGUCCUCCGCGGUUCGGGGGCGGGGUCGGAGAGCGUGCGUGGCGUGAGAGCGCCAGGUUCCCGGAUGGAGGCGAUGGUGAUCGCCAUUUGGGCAAGAGCAGCAGGCGCGGAGGGCGCUAGGUAGCUGCCGCUAUGAGAUCCCCGAUCCAGCUGCUGCUGCUCGUGCUGUUGGCCUUUCCCGCCGCUCUGCUGCUCGGCGGAGUUCGCGGCGGCCCGGGUUCAAGCUUAUUAGUUGCAGCCCAAGAUGCUACGGAGGAUGAAGAAGCAGUGGAAGAUACGGUAGUUGAAGAUGAAGAUGAUGAAGCUGAAGUUGAAGAAGAUGAACCCACAGACUUGAUAGAAGAAAAAGAGGAAGAAGACUUAUCAGGAGAACCUAAAGCCUCACCUAGCGCUGAUACAACUAUCUUGUUUGUGAAAGGUGAAGACUUUCCUGCAAACAACAUUGUAAAGUUCCUGGUAGGCUUCACCAACAAGGGUACAGAGGAUUUUAUUGUUGAGUCUCUUGAUGCCUCUUUCCGGUACCCUCAGGACUAUCAGUUUUUCAUCCAGAAUUUCACAGCUCUUCCUCUGAACACAGUGGUUCCACCACAAAGACAGGCCACAUUUGAGUACUCGUUCAUCCCUGCAGAGCCUAUGGGUGGUCGCCCCUUCGGACUGGUUAUAAAUCUGAACUACAAAGACUUAAAUGGCAAUGUGUUCCAAGAUGCUGUCUUCAAUCAAACUGUUACAAUUAUUGAAAAAGAAGAUGGAUUGGAUGGAGAAACAAUCUUCAUGUACGUGUUCCUGGCAGGACUUGGCCUACUUGUCAUUGUUGGUCUACAUCAACUGCUAGAAUCUAGGAAAAGAAAGAGACCAGCACAGAAAGUAGAGAUGGGCACAUCAAAUCAAAAUGACGUUGACAUGAGCUGGAUUCCUCAAGAAACUUUAAAUCAGAUCAUGCAAAGUAGAAGAGAUAAAGCUUCACCAAGGCGGUUGCCGCGCAAAAGGGUACAGAAGAGAUCAGUGGGAUCUGAUGAGGACUGAGCAUCUGAGCCAAUGACAGAUGAACAAUACCUGCAAAUCACUUCACCACACUCAGUGUGAAACAGGGUCUAAGGUCUGAAACUCCCUCUACUGGCACUACUAUACUAUAAACUUCCCUGUAAAUGAAGUGUGAAGUAUUUUGACUCUUGUCUUGGUGUGGAAAGUAACUUUAGAAACAUCUGCUUCCCGUUUUUAACAGUGCUUGACUUACGAACUUAACAUAACUAGCCAGUAAAGAACAUUUAAUUACCACAUUGCAGGAUCUAAAAGAUUAUUAAAAGAAAUCUUGUACAGGCUGAUCAUAGUAAAUUAUGGGGACCAGAUGUCCCGAUUUUAUAGGGACAGUCCUGAUUUUUGGGUCUUUCUUAAAUAGGCUCCUAUUACCUCCCACCCCCUGUCCUGAUUUUUCACGCUUGCUGUCUGGUCACCCUAUAGUAAAUCACAUACACUUAAUCAGUUCAAUGCUACCUUCAAAACAACAACUUUGUACAUCAGCUAAUAAGCCACUUCAGCUAAAUGGAGGAUGGUUUAUCAUGUUAUAGUCAUACUUCUCCUGAUUCAGCAAAGCAGUUAAUUCAUUGGGGGAGAAACUGACUGAACCCUUUGCAUUUUAAUCUCAGGAUUAUGCCUGGUACUUAAAUUUAUGGUUGCCCAUCAUCACAUGCUGGAAAGAUUCUUAGUGAAUUCAACAUCUCUCCUAGAGUCAAUUUGAAGUCUGGAAAUAAAGUGUUAUCUCCAUCCACAUUCCCAAGGACAAUUCUGGAUGCGAGUAGUUGUGUUGGAGACAGUCUUCACACAGGAGGCAAACCCUCUGCACUGUACAACAGCAAAGGACCAGAUCACAGUUACUGUGAUGGGGGUUCCAUAUGCUAGCAAUUUAGAAUAUCCAACUUCAUUCUUUCGCCUUAGUGUAAAUGAGAGAGUGGCCCUCAUUCUUAAUACUUCUGAAACCGUUAGAUACAUGGUACAACUUGAGAUUUAAUACGUACAGCUCUUAAACUACACCGAACUCAGGUGAGUGUACUGUUUAGCAAUGACUGUCAAAUAUGAUAUUUCCAUCUAAGUUGAACUGAACUCUUGAUCUUUCCCAGCAGUGGAGCAAUUUAAUGUAAAAUAGAACUAAAUAAUUACCACUGGAACAACUUUCAAAAAUAAGUUGUAUGAAUUGAUUUUACUAACUUAGUGGUAUAACAGUUUUUUUUUUUAAGGAGAACCAAUUGUUUAAUACCUCCAUUACAUCAGGUAAUCAAGGUCACACUUAAUGGGCACCCAGCCAGUUGGAAAGGGAGGAAGAAGGUGGCUGUAUGUGGCACAGAAGGAACUAGAGCCAGUCUUCAAAUUUCUAAGCGUGCAUGGGGUGUUGCAGUAGAGGCUGGGUAUGAUGUAAGAGGAAAACUUUGUGGUGGGGGUUACAGUAUGCUCAUUUUACUUAGUGACUUGAGCUGUAGUGAUCACACUUGCUUAAUUUAAUUUCUUUUUAAGGCACUACUUCCACCACUAGAAUGAAAUGCUUAUAGUGCAACUCAUUGACUUAGGGGUUGCUUACUACAAUUUGAUAUCUAACAGCUUCUUGGGGAGAAUCUUCCUACUUUUGACUCUCCAUUAAGUACUUUCCAUGUAUGAAAUAGUAUGGUUCCAAUUUCUUGUCCCCGUUUUAUACUAUAGUUAAAAUUUAGCAAUACUGCAGUUUUGUGAAAUGGCUGAGCCUGUAGCAAUAAUUGAUCCAUGUGCUGAGAGGAGAUGCUAAAAUAAUCAAUCUAGUACACUAAGGUCUCUAAGUAGCUACAUACAACUUGGUUGUAUGCCAUAAUGGGCUAUCUUACCAUCUGCAAUUGCACGCUUACGAGUUAAGUAUUAAAGCUUUUUAGGAUUACCCAUCUUACUUUAAAGAGGUGUGGGUAGCCUACUUAGCAACCUGAUGAAAUGCCCAAUAGGUGCAUGAACUUUUAGCCUAAAAAGGGAAAGCUAUUAAUUACUUUCCCAAAGGAGAGCUUGCAUUAAAAUCAGUUUCAAUUUCAGCCUGGCAGAAACAAAUAAGCACAGAAGUAAAUCUGAAUGAACUGCUCUCCAGGCAAAUCUGAUACAGGAGGAAGUGACUAAAGCCAGACUUACAAAUAGAAUUUCAUAUGCAGUACCAUGAAGAACCAUGGCCAAGUAGCUAAAGCAUAGACCAAGAAAUUAGAUGGAGACGGUUCUAGUGAUAGGCCUGUUGCAGACGUAGUAUAACUGGGAGACAUUUAACAUGGCUGUACAGAUCUGUGAAAAGGGAGUAAUACUUCAGUCUUUAUGCACUGUUUAUAAAGGACUCUUGAAAUCCUUGCUGGUGCUCAAGACCUAUUACUUACACUGAACAGCACUGAAUUUAUGGCAGCUAGGGGAAAAGGUCAAAUACAAGUCCCAAUCUCUGUGAGGGAGUUAAUGUUAAGUUCCUUUGAAGAUGAAAAAUGCUAAAUUCAUAGAAGUAACUCAUGUAAUACUUGUCAGGAUUUUCAGUAUUGUGCUGCAAGACUUGGCCCUUCCCUGAUUUGAAGAGGUGGUGAUUGCUGUAUAGAAGACUUAUGCCCUUCCACUUGAUCAGUGCUCAUACUGGAUAGAGUGCAGCAGGCUUACAGGGCUGUAAGAAUCUGGAUUUUUUUAUAUACCAUACUAUUAUUUUGCUAAAUAUAUGAACAGAACUACAAGGAACUUUCACUGUAAUAAAGUAGGUUCAGAAGCUGACUUCACUCUCCCCAUUCUGGUUGCAGUACACUAACCAUCUUAAUCACUUUUCCAUGUAAACAAUUUAGUUACCACAGCAAUGUUAUGAUUCUCAAUGGGAGGGAACAUGCUCUUUACAGACCCACUUUGAGAACCCUUUUGAAAGUGAAGGGACAGACUGUUCUGGAUAAUUGAGGUUCAGCUCAUUGAAGUUAUACCACAACUGAAAUACAAAUUGAAUUUUUACUUAUUUGCAAAUUCUUAAACAGUUUAAGGGAAAGCAAAAUCACUCUUGAAACUACAUCUCUAGGGUUUUUUUUGUAAAACAAACUUGAAAUUCUUAGCUUUUUGUAGUUUGUUUUGUUAAAUAAAGUACUGGUAUAGCACUAAAAAGCU